CAACGAUGACAGGUAUUACAGAAGCGCUUGCAGAGUGUGAUUCCGUACCCUCUGACGACAAGAUCCCGUGGCAAAAGAUAGCUGAUAGGCAUGGUGUUGUUCGCUCAACAUUGACGCGCAGGCACUGCCGCGAAACAUGCUCUUGGAAGGAGGUAUCAACAUCGCAGCAGAAUCUUCAACCAGAACAGGAGGCAGAGCUUGUGAAGUAUAUAGAGGAUCUGACUGAGCGUAAGCUACCUCCUUCUAGAGAGAUGGUGCAGAAUUACGCAUCCAGUAUUGCUGGACACCCUGUCUCUGAGAGCUGGGUUACUCGCUUCCUCCACCAACACUAAGAUAAGCUUACAUCUAAAUGGAGCACUUCUGUAGAUCAACAACGCCACGCUGCUGACUCUGGUGAUAAGUACAAGGUGUACUUUGAACAGCUAGGCAGCAAAAUUGACUUCUACAAAGUAGAGCUAGAGUAUACGUACAAUAUGGAUGAGAAAGGCCUUAUAAUUGGAGCUAUUAGCAGACAGAAGAGGAUCUUUAGCAAGAGGCUGUUUAAGAAGAAGUAGUUCAAACAGAU